UAUAUACCAGACCAAGGAAAGAACACAACUGCCAGAACCUGCACACGAAAGAACAGGAAAAUCACCGACCAGUGUACAACAUCAAACAAAGACAACAAAACACAUACUCGAAUGCCACAAAAGAGCAAACCGAGUCAACUGCAAUCUAAUAUUAGAUCACAAUCAACUCAAUCCACUCCCCCACGACACCCAAACACAUAUCCAAUCUUUCCCGUCCGACAGCACGCACAGGCCAACGACUCCCCCAUGCACAAGCCCCGACAACUGCACUCCAUCCCUGGUUUGCAAUGA